AUGUACGAUUCACACACAGACAAAUCAACUUUUGGCUCCUUUGGAAAUACAUUUGCUAACACAACACAAAAUCUUAACUCUGACAAAAACUCUGAAAUUUUUUAUCAAACAGACUUAAUAAGAGCCGAUAAUGAUGAUAAUGGAUCUCCUAGACUCAAUGAAUGGUAUGAUGUAGGAUCGAAACAUUUAUUUUCUGCCAGAGAUAAAAAUAGUCCAUCUCAAACCAACUACUCAGAGAAUUCUAUAAACACACAGGAAUAUACAACGCUAUCAUUAAAUACAGAAUGUAAUAGUCAAUAUGAGCUUAAUACAGUGAAUAACAAAGACCAACAUUCGGAUGGUGAUAACACAAGUUCUUUAGGAUUAAUUGCUACACCAAAUAUUUCAUUUUCAGGAUAUGACAGUAUACUAGAUCCUAUAAAUACAAAGCUCGUGGAUUUGGGUAGCUUUGUAUAUGAUUCUACCACUACUGGUAAUUGUACUGAGAGUAUUAGAAACGGAUUCUAUAUAGAUGAUAACGAUGAACUAUUUUAUGUUUCUAAUAAUUUGGUAGAAUCAAUUCCAAACAAAAUUAUAUGCAACUUUUUAGAUGCAGUUACUUCAGACGAGAUUUUUAAUGAUUCUGAGGAUUGGGGUAUUGAUCGAUCUAUAUAUACAAGAUAUUCUAGAUCUGGUUUUUUUGCAGAUUGUUACAAUGCUGACAUGUUUUAUCACGGAGAAUAUUUGAACAAUUUGGGUAUGAAAUAUUUUGCUGAGUGCAGAAUGCCUCUAACAUUUUGCAUCAUAAUGACAGAUAGACACGUUCGCAAAAACGAAGUACAAACAGGAAUUGUACCAUUAGCCAUAAAUUUAUUGGAUAGGUUCAUGGCAAAACAAACAAAUCCAAUAGCAAAAAUUAUAGCCCAAGUCUAUUCAAAAAUUAAUGAACCUUGUGAGCAAUUGAAAAAAAUGAUAGGCACAUCUUUUACAUCAGAUGAUGUGAAUACAGGAUUAAACCUUGAUUUAUCAUUGAAUGAAAGAGACUUUAAUUCUGAACAAUUUGGAAUAGAUUUGGUGGAUCAAGAAUAUGAUAUUAAAAACAUAGAAAAAUGUCACUGGAGAGACGAUUUACUAUUACUAAAGGUAGAACUCGUGUACAAUUUUAUUACAGCAGCUUGUUAUUUCAUAGCAGACAGAUAUAAUGGACUUGCAAACAUAUCUGUAAAAACCUUACUGAAUCAUUGGAUUUCAUCAUGUAAAGUUUUUACAAAGACAAAGAAUUCAUCGCGUUUCAUAAUAAACAAUAAAGAAAAGUCUCUUUCAAUCAUAAUGUCACUAAUGUUCGAAAUUUAUAAUGCAUUGGAUUACAAAGUUACAGUACCAUUUGUAUCAUACAUGGUGCAAAACCUCAUUAUAUCUUCUAAUGACGUACCAUAUUCCCAGAAUCCAAGACAGCAUAACAAUUACCAAAUUAUUGGAUUGAUAUUAUCGCGUAUCGCACUUAUAGAUGACACAUUCCAUCGGUUUACAUCAUCGAUCAUUUCAUUAUCUAUUUAUACCCUAGUACGCAAAUUGGCCAUUCAUGACGGUGUCGUUUCUGACGAGGGGAAUACCUGGCUUAUUGUUGACGAGUCUAAUUUGGAUAUUAAAGAAUGCACUACUCUUUUGGCAAAAACCCUAUUCCAAUUUGUAAACACAGAGAUACUUGAUGUUCUUGUGCAACCUAUUGUUAUAAGAGAUGGUAAUGAGGAUUUGUUCAAUUUCAUUCUUCAAGGUGAUGUCAAACACAUAGACAUGGAUAACAUACGUCAAAUUUCCAAAAUACUUUCAAGCUAA